UCACAUACGGCGGCGCUCACUUUUCCAGGUGUCCAUCGGAAUCUCCCGGGAAUGUUGAUGAGCUUGAACAGAUCUGCAGUACAUCAUUAGCCUCCAAAAUGUCUUUAUUUACAUGGGGCGCACACGCAGACAGAGGACUCACUAAGUCUGACUCGGUGGACAUUCAGGAGGCCAUUCACUUUGUGCGCUCGCAAAACAGGAUCUGCUGUGUGUCAUCAGGGAGAACGAUUGUCGCGUUUUUACGCGGUGAGGGUAAAUUGUCCAUAUUCCGAACGCAGGAGGAGGAUGGAAGUACGAGGGCAGGAAAACUGAAAAACUUCAACGACGUCAAGGAGAUUGACCUUAUAUCUUGUGGGGAAACCACCGCUGUCUUAAUUCUUAGCGGAGGAAAGGCGCUGUCGCUGGAUAGGUUUAAUAAACUAAGGCCUCUUGAGGUACUACAUAAUAAACGCAUUGCUCAGAUUGCUUGCGGAAAUCAGCAUUCACUUGCUCUCACUGAAGAUGGGCAGUUGUUUACGUGGGGCCAGAACUCCAACGGUCAGCUGGGUCUGGGGAAGGGGGAGCCCAGCACCAUGUCCCCCCAACCCCUCAAGUCUCUGGCGGGGAUCCCCCUGUCUCAGAUCAGUGCUGGAGGAGACCACAGCUUUGCCCUGUCCCUCUCAGGGGCCGUGUUUGGCUGGGGCAAGAACAGCGCUGGCCAGCUGGGCCUAGGAGACAACAUAGAUUGCCCUGAACCCGUUCAGAUAACAGCUCUGAAUAUUAAGAAGAUUAUUCACAUCUCCUGUGGAGAAGGCCAUACAGCAGUUCUAACUAAGGAUGGUGGAGUGUUUACGUGUGGAUCAGGACGUUAUGGCCAGCUGGGGCACAACUCCUUCAGAGACGAACUGAGACCACGACUGGUGGCUGAACUCUGGGGCUCAAAGGUGUCUCAGAUUGCCUGUGGGAGACACCAUACAUUAGUACUUGUGGGAGACUCCAAUGCUAUCCUUGCAUUUGGGCGCGGUGAAGAGGGACAGCUUGGAAAUGGACAGAGCGCCAACUCUUCCGUCCCUCUGUAUGUUCGCUUUCCACAAGAUCAUGAGGAGACCUUUGGGACAAUUACUGCUGGAGGGUAUCUCUCCUUUGCUUUCUGCCACACUCAGUCAGACCCAGGAAAUCGUCAUCCCACGAAAAGCAAAGGAUUAUUGACACUAGAUAUUCUGACUGCUGAGAACUGGGUCUCCGGUUCAAAGCCACAGAAUAAAAUUAACAAGGAAAUUGGGAGAAUAUUUUCUUCAGCAUCCUGCAUUAAUGGAAGCUUUAUGGACACAUGCUCUGACAAACACUACCUGACCAGGGAAGGGAACUCUGGACUGGACUUGUCACUUGCACGUCUCACUUUUGAGAAAAUGGCUGAAGAUCACACAGUGUUGACUGAGGUGGAGUCUGUGGUGCGCCUGCGUCUGCUCCCGUCCCUGAGCCCCAGCCCUGCUGGAGUGGAGGGCCUCAGAGUUUACCUCAUCCUGCCGGAGCUGCUCAGGGUGCUGCUCAAACACAACAGGGGCACAGACCUCGCCGUCUCAUUGGCCGAGGCCAUUCUCAGGCUGCACCCUGAUUCGCUAAAAUCCCUGGAAAUCCUCUGGUCCACACUUCCUGGCUCAUACCUUCGAACUGUUUUGAAAGUUUUCCGGACAGUGUCAGGAAAGACUUUUGCUGAAAGUGUUAACAAUGCCAGUGACCAUGGACCGCCACUACAGCUAACACAGGUUCUACAGAGGGUGCAUGAGGCCGUCCGGAGUGGCAAGAGAAGGAUACCUGAUCAGUGUUUCUAUGUCAAAGAAGUCAAUUCAGUAUUCAAAGAAUUGGAUGCCAGACUGAUUGAACUAGACCAACCUCAUCUUCUAAUGGAUCCACGCUGGCAAACCCAACGAGUGUCAAUACAGAACACCAUGGCCCUGUGCGAGACAAACAUCCUUCAGUUGAAGUCAAGGCCAUGCAUUUUUAACCUGGAGGGCAAACGUAUUGUUUUAAACCUUCACCUUAAGAACAUCAGGGCCUAUGAGAAUACUUACUUUCUACUGAAUCUGAGACGCACAGCACUCCUGGAGGAUGCCUUCUCUCAGCUUCAGCAUGCAGGACCACAUGACCUCAGGAAAUACUUGGGGGUGCGAUACAUGGAGAAUGAUGUGCAACUCAAAAUAUCAGAUGUCGACAAAAGAGACUUCUUCUUGAAUGUGUUCAGAGAACUCUAUCAUUCUAACAUGUUCAUGUACAAUGACACAGGCACCUUAGUUUGGUUCCCCUCUCAGGACAGAGUGGAAGUGCAGAAGUACUUCCUGUUUGGCAUGCUCUGUGGCCUGGCGCUGUAUAACAACAGUGUGGUGCACCUCCCCUUCCCAUCAGCGCUGUUCAAGAAGCUUCUCAACAUCCCGCCAACGCUGGAGGAUCUGUCUGAAAUGAGCUCUGUGGCAAAGAGUCUGCAAGAUGUGUUGGACUAUGACGAUGUGGAGAGCAUGGGAUUUUUCUUCUCUAUAUUCUGGGACAACAAAGAGGUUGAGCUAGAUCCAAAUGAAGCUGGAAAGCCCGUCACCAAUUCUAACAAGAAGGAGUUUGUUCAUGCCUAUGUGGACUAUGUAUUAAACAAAUCAGUGGAGAAGGUGUUUGAAGAGUUCAAGAGGGGCUUCUUCAAAGUGUGUUCGCGAGACGUGGUGGAGAUGUUCCACCCAGAGGAGCUGAGGGGGAUGAUGGUGGGGAAGGAGGACUACGACUGGGACAUACUCCAACAGAAUGCAUCAUAUGAAUUUGGAUUCUAUGAGAAUCACCCAACCAUAGUCUUAUUCUGGGAGGUGUUCCAGGAACUCUCGGAGGAUGACAAGAAGGCCUUUAUCUUGUUCUUGACGGGCUUUGAGCGGGUGCCUAUCCUGGGGAUGCAGCAGAUCAAGAUGCGAGUACAAGUCCUGCCAGGCUCCACACCGGACCAUCUGCCAGAGGCCCUCACAUGCCAUUCCCUACUGAUGCUCCACCCCUACCAGUCCAGGGAGGUGCUGCGGACCAGGCUCAGGGAAGCACUGCACCACCGGAGAGGCUUCUGGGAAGUGUAUUGUUGGGGUGAAGCUAAACUUCAAGAACUUAACAUCCUUACCAAGAAGGAUGUGUGCUGUCAUAACUCCGAUGCUGUACAGAAGGCUGUCCUCACAACAGCAAUCAGCCACCUCUCUAUCGGAGAUGAAGUGACCGCAAUCCUUUGGGAAAAUGGAAUUGCUUCAGUGGCAGUAAGGAAGCAAAACGGAUCAACGUGGCAACAAAUCAGUCUUAAAACGAAUGGCAACAUUGUGGCUGUUUGUGUCGGAGCAACACAUGCAAUUUUGCUUACUAAGGAGGGCGCACUACUUCACUGGAGUUCCUCUGAUGUAUCCAGCAUACCAAAGCGUCUGGCGAACGUCCAAAACAGACAAGUUGUUCAGAUUGCCUGUGGGGACAAUCACUCAUUAGCUCUUAUCAAAGAUGGGCAGGUCUUCACGUGGGGCCAGAACUCCAACGGUCAGCUGGGUCUGGGGAAGGGGGAGCCCAGCACCAUGUCCCCCCAACCCCUCAAGUCUCUGGCGGGGAUCCCCCUGUCUCAGAUCAGUGCUGGAGGAGAACACAGCUUUGCCCUGUCCCUCUCAGGGGCCGUGUUUGGCUGGGGCAAGAACAGCGCUGGGCAGCUGGGCCUAGGAGACCUCUCAGAUAGGCUCAGUCCUGCCCCUGUGGUCGCCCUUAGUCAGAAGAAGACCACAUUCAUUUCUUGUGGAGCAGAACACACUGCCGUGUUGACCAAGGGUGGUGGAGUGUUUACGUGUGGAUCAGGACGUUAUGGCCAGCUGGGGCACAACUCCUUCAGAGACGAACUGAGACCACGACUGGUGGCUGAACUCUGGGGCUCAAAGGUGUCUCAGAUUGCCUGUGGGAGGUAUCACACACUGGCAUUGGUUGAACCCCAAGGCCCAAUUUAUGCAUUUGGAUGUGGAGAGCAAGGACAGCUUGGAAGUGGCCAGACAGACAACCAGGCUGUUCCUCUACCUGUUGGUCUGCCACAAGAGCAAAACAAGGUAGGCGCCAUUAAGAGGAUUUUUGCAGGGGCUAACCAGUCAUUUGCUGUGAGAACGUCUGAAGAGGAUUCGGUUGCUAGCAAUCCUGAUUUUGAUCAAGUCAAGAUGAUAUGGGGUUUAGAUUUUGAGAUAGCAGACAGAUGGAUUUCUAGCAGCACAAAGUCUUGGACAAAGACCAAGAGGGACAUCACAAAGAUGUUCUCAUCUGUGUCAUGUGUCAGUGGGAGUUUUCUUAAAAGCUCUGACAGACAUUACUUGACAUCAGAGUAUCAGUGCGGUUUGGACCUGUCUAUGGCUCGCCAGUAUUUUGAGAAGCUUUCACAGAAUGAGAAGGUUCUGAAAGAGGUGGAGAGUGUGGUGCGUCUGCGUCUGCUCCCGUCGCUGAGCCCCAGCCCUGCUGGAGUGGAGGGCCUCAGAGUUUACCUCAUCCUGCCGGAGCUGCUCAGGGUGCUGCUCAAACACCACAGGGGCACAGACCUCGCCGUCUCAUUGGCCCAGGCCAUUCUCAGGCUGCACCCUGAUUCGCUGAGGAUUCUUGAGAGCUACUGGUCAAGAAUUGGGUAUUCCUUCUUCAGAACUGUGGUCAAGAACUUCCUCUGUUACUCUGUAUCCAAAAACAUCCAACAAGAAUCAUUGAAAAAAAUUGUGGAGAUGCUACAGAAACUGUAUUCAGUUAACAGUCUAAGACACAGCAGGCUGAAUGACAGUCAUUUUCACAUUAAGGAGAUUAACAACUUCCUUUUUGACUUUGAAUCGAUGGCCCGUCAGGAAUUUUUCAAUUUUUUUUGGGAGGGGAAAUCUUCAAAGAUCUUGCCAUUUGUAAAGUUUUACAGGGAAGUACUCCUGAAUUUAACCGCAUUUCCUUGCAUUUUUGACAUGGAGGCAAAGCAGAAGGUGUUCAAAAUUAAUGUAAAGUCUAAUCACGGACCUCUCAUACCACAGACAAAUCACAACACCCUACAUGUACAGAGAGAAACUUUACUGAAGGACACAUUUGAGUAUCUGCAAAGGAACAUCCAUGACUUUCACAUGCCUCUGAAGGUGAAAUUCGUGGAAGAAAAUGGCAUUGAUGACGGUGGCAUAUCCCAGGAAUUCUUUAGGCUCUUCAGCAAAGCUCUCAUCUCAGAGGAUUGCAGUCUGCUGUUGGAGGAAUCUGAACGUGUGUGGUUCAUGUCUAAUGAGUGUGAAUCUGUUGAUGUAUACAUGGAUAUAGGCACCAUCGUUGGCAUGGCACUGUACAACCAGUGUCUGGUGAACAUCCCUUUUCCGUCAGCACUGUUUAAAAAGCUGCUGGGGGAGAUGCCGACACUGAGAGACUUGGAGGAACUGUCGCCCUGUCAGGCCAGGUGUUUGAAAGCGUUACUAGAUUAUGAGGAUGAAGAACUAGAGCUGUUGGAGCAAGAUUUCAGAGUGAAAGGACAGGAUCUCAUUCCAAAUGGGGGAGACAUUUUUGUGACAAAAGGCAACAGGCAAAAAUUUGUUGGUCUGUAUGUGGACUUUGUGUUUAACAAAUCCAUGGCACAGCAGUUUGAGGCAUUUGCAGAAGGGUUUGGUAGAGCCUGCCCUGAACAGACAUGGAAGAUGUUCUCACCUGAUGAGCUGAGGAUUCUUAUCUGUGGAGAGCCAAAGUAUGAGUGGGAGGAUCUCAGGAAGGUGGCUAAGUAUGAGGGGUGUGAGAGUUCUGAUUUGUUGAUUCAGAAUUUCUGGAGAGUUCUGUUCGAGCUGUCCAAAGAAGACCAGCUGAAGUUUCUGUCCUUCAUCUAUGGAACUGACAGGAUACCCAUUGGAGGGUUGGCCAAACGAAACCUGAAAAUUGUGAGACUAAUCAUGGACAAUCCUGACGAAUACUUACCCCAGGCCAAUGCCUGUUAUGGCACCUUGCAACUUCCCAAUUACAGCAGUGUUGACAUAUUACAGGACAAGCUUACUCAUGCUAUUAACUACUGUGAAGUCUUUGGAAUGACUUAGCUCCAAAUGCUCCUACUCUGCAGUUUUUUUCUUUUUCAUUGACUGAAUGAAGAUACUAUAUACACCAAAUUGGACUAAUCUUUGGAUUAAAAGAACAACUAUUUCCCCCCCAAUGAAUGUUCACAUUUUUCAGCUUUUGAGGACAGUUUUGUUUAAGUGUUUUGGGGGCAGAUAUAGUUAAGAAAUAUUUUACUUUAAUGUCAACACCAAGCAUUUAUAAAUGUAUUGUAAAUAAAUCAAAUACUUUUGUGCAGGGUUAUGGUUGUCCAGACCUAUGAAUUACCUUAUAGCCUAAUUCAUAUCUAUGAUAGGCCAAUUAUUAAAAUAUUAUAUUCUUGUAAAUCGGCACGUAUAUUUCCAGGUUUAGAUUCAAACUGUGACCGGUGUCAUUCAGGACCGGCCAGUCUUGGCCACAUGUUCUGGGCUUGUCCUGCUCUUGCACCGUUUUGGAAGGGUGUUUUUGACACUCUUUCAGCAAUCACUUCUACCAACCUAUCUCUCACCUUUAGUUGCCUUGUUUGGUGUCCUACCUGUUGGCCAUUCACCACUACCUUCCUACUUUUGUGUAGCCUACUUGUAGCCUUUCUCCCCCCCCCCCCCCACUCUCAAUGGAUUAGGGAUGCCCUUCAUUUUAUGACACUGGGAAAAAUUAAGUAUUCUCUGCGUGGCACCUCUACUAAGUUUUAUAGGGUCUGGGAACCUCUCUUAGGUCAUAUCAGGUCUCUCAAAUAAAUUAGAUACCACUAUCAUUGACUGAUUCACCCCUACAGCCAUCUACUCUGUGUUUCAAAUAGCCUUAUUGGUAGCACAUAGCAUUCAGCACUAUUCAUUCUUUAUCAUUAUUAUUUAUUUAUUUUAAUUUUAUGAUUAAUUGUAUUCUUAUUAUUAUGAUUAAGUUUAGGUUUUUGUUUUCUUACUUAAGAUCAUUACUUUGCCCAAUUAAUGUUAAUGUUCUUAUCUGUGAGGAUAUUGUGCAUUAACUCUUGUAUUGAAAUUUCCACAAAUAAAUCACAUAUAAAAAAUAUAAUAUUCUUGUCUGACUUUAGCAUUAAUCGGAAAGACGUGCAAAAAGAUAUGAAUGACACCGCAACAUAGGAAGAAUGGUUUGUCUGCCUUGUUUCAUAUGUGUUAUCCAUGCAUUGAAAUAAUAAUAGCGUAGACCUACGUUAUGUGGAUGGACCAGAUUGGGAAAUAAUGUUGCCUAAUUGACGUGGUCUGUUUAUGCUUUUUUGUAGCCUAUGUUUUAGAAUAAGUUAAGAUACUUUCUUGUGAGCACUUCUGUGCGCUUACAUUUCUCCAGUUCUAACCUACUUGUUUAUAUCCAAUUGUAUUUAUUUUUAACUUGUACAAUGUUUCUAUGAUUAAUUGCUGCUGUAACACCAUAAUUUCCCUUUGGGGAUGAAUAAAGUAAUUUAUCUAUCUAUCUGAAUGUAGGCCUAUCAUAAUUGUGGAUAAG